CAUCGGAUCUUGGCAGCGUAACAUCGCCAACCGGAUUUCGUACCCCUCGGCCCUGGGCUCCGAUCCAACUCGUCCGCCAGUAACAUCGAGGUGCCCCGAGCACCCGCGCAAGCUCUGCGUCUCCCCCCCCCUUCCACCUCCUAACCCGCUCUCUCCGCUUCUGUCGGCUCUCCCAGCCUCGUAUUUAUACCGCCGUCUCUCCCUUCCUUCCUCGAACCUAGGAGACGGCCAUCACUUCCGGCACGCCUACACCUAUUCCUGCCUUUCUCAUCAUGUCUACUCCCCUAGGUGACGGUCCGCCCUUAUUGCGGCCUAUCCCCCGCCGGCCGUUCGAUCGGCACUAUGCAGAGCCCACCCCUCCGGAGGACGAUAUUCCUCCCGCCGACCCCAGCCGCGGUCCGGGGUUAAAUCUCGAGUCGCUGAACUCCCGCUUGCUGGAUUCUAGCCGGAACAACUCUUUCGAACCCGCGCCCGUCAGCCGCGCUCCGUCGGCGUUGAACUUGACCGGCUCGACCCUGAUGGGCAUCUUCACGCCUACCACCUAUGGGAAGGAUAAGUUCUACCUAGGCUACGACGAGCCCAGUACCCCCUGGGGAACCGGCGCCGAGACCCCGGCCAAAUGGGCGAACACCGACGACCUUCCCUACGAGACUCAGAAGCAGAGGCUGAGGCCGACAUCCAACCGGCCCCCUCUACAUCCGUCUCCGCCAUCUCAGCCGCUGUCCGCGUCCCAAUUCGCCUUCUACGUCGGCUUCCGCAUCCUGCUGCUAUCCGGCCUAGGGAUGCUAUACGGUAUCGUCAUCGCCCAGCUCCAGGGCAGGCAUAAUGCGACGCCUGCAUUCCACGUGCGGGGCGUGCUCCCAGCCGCUGCCGGCUAUUCCGGCUGGGAGUACACCGCCUUCUGGGGCGUCUUCAGCGUCCUCACCGGCACCCUCCUGCCCUGGUUCGACGACAUCUGGGAGAAGGCUUUCGGGCAGGACGGCGAAGCGGCCGAACCCGCGUCCAAGACUAUGGCGGUCGGAGAAGGCGGUUCGGACAAGUCGGAUUCUCCGAUAGACUGGCCGCUGGCAAUCCGGGGCAUUGGGGCAUUCGUCGGGAUUGCUUUUGCCAUCAAGAGACUCCCGUGGGACUCGACGCUUCAGGUCUCGCUGACGCUGGCUCUCGCCAACCCGGUGCUCUGGUUCCUGCUCGACCGAUCCAUACCCGGCUUCCUCUUCUCCACGAUGGUCGGAGUCGGCGGGGCCGCCGUGCUGAUGGGACUGAAGCCGGACAUCGUGCCCAUCCCGACGAGCCCUUCGGUGCUCGGGGAAUUCGACCAGCGCAACGCGACCGGCGGCGAGGUCGACCAGCUCGUGUUCGGCGGGCUGGCGAGCCAGGAGACGGUGGCGACGGUCAUCUGGAUGCUCAGCGUGCUCUUCUGCUGCUGCGUGUGCUUCGGCAACAUCGGGCGCUGGCUAGCGCCGAAUCGGUCGGCGCCCGCGAAGGGGCGGUGGGCGCAACGACGAUGACGCGGGCAAAGGUUCUGGUCCCCGCACCGGCGCUAAGGUGACAAUGUACGAGAACCACGACGGCAACGGGAAGUGACAGGCCACGUGACGGAAAAGUCCGCGGUGUCUAAUCGGCGAGGGACCUCGGUGAGAACUAGGACAACGGCGAUCCCUUGGAUCCGGGCCGGGGUUAAUUGGGGUGCUCGCUUGCCUGUUCCGCC